AACAUAAUAAAUAAAAUAAAAUAAAGGAAAUUGCUCAUCUUCUUCUUCUUCUUCGAUUCUCCUGAAUCAAACUAUUGGUUUCAUGUCGUUCAAAUCUCUGGGACGAUCUUAAAAGAAUCCCAUUUUCCUUCGGGAAUCUUACAUUUUCUCAAAUCGGAAAAAGUUUCCAAUCCAGGGAAGAAAAAAUCCAUUAGAAACCGCCAUGGAUGUGACCUAUUCUGAUCUAAUGGAUUUCUUGAAGAAACCCUCUUUUACAGAGACAUUCGUCGACAUCUUACUCUGCGCAGUCCCGAUUUGGCUCGCCGUGAUGAUUGGUCUAUUGAUCGGAUGGUCUUGGCGUCCAAGAUGGACCGGAUUGAUCUAUCUAGGGUUCCGUUCUAAGCUUCGGUAUCUAUGGACUGCACCGCCUGGAUUCGGCGCUCGAAGGCUCUGGCUUGCUUUCACAGCUCUCUCUGCCUUCUCCGUUUGCAGAACCAUCUGGUCAAGGCUCGACAAAUCGGCGAAUGGUUCAGCUUCGUCGCAGACGCCUGAGGUUGUAGAAGAGAGUACUCAAAUCGAUGAAACAGGAGCUAGCGAUAACACGACGGUGAAAAAGGAGGAAAUUGUGACAGAGAAUGAUCUAGAGCAUCUGUUAAAGCUGCUUGAAGUCGGAAAUGAGGCUAUGGAGUGGCAAUCAAUGAUGAACAAGACUACUCCAAAUAUGAGCUACCAAGCUUGGCGCCAUGAGCCUGAGACAGGUCCUGUUGUUUAUCGCAGUCGAACUGUGUUUGAAGAUGCAACUCCAGAUAUUGUUAGGGAUUUCUUCUGGGAUGAUGAAUUUCGGCCUAAAUGGGAUUUUAUGCUUGCCAACUUCAAGACCCUAGAGGAGGACACUCAGACAGGAACAAUGAUUGUUCAGUGGAGAAAAAAGUUUCCCUUUUUCUGUAGUGACCGAGAGUAUAUCAUUGGUCGGAGAAUAUGGGAGUCUGGAAACAAGUAUUAUUGUGUCACAAAGGGAAUUCCUUAUCCAGCUCUACCAAAGCGUGAUAAGCCGAGGCGUGUUGAGCUUUACUUCUCAAGUUGGGUUAUCAGAGCGGUUGAGUCCCGGAAAGGAGAUGGACAGCAAUCGGCUUGUGAAGUAUCACUAGUCCAUUACGAAGACAUGGGAAUCCCCAAAGAUGUAGCAAAGUUAGGUGUCCGUCAUGGCAUGUGGGGAGCUGUCAAGAAGCUAAACUCUGGUUUAAGGGCCUACCAAACCGCCAGAAAAUCGGACUCGAGUCUCUCCCGGAUCGCUCAAAUGGCGAGAAUCACGACAAAACUGAACAUGGAUUCUAUAGAAACAUCCACAGGAGAUGAAGACAGAAGCAGAGCAAUAGACUAUGCAAGGAGACAGCGAGACAAUUUGAGAAUGGACUGGAAAUGGUUUGUUGUAGGAGGUGUCGCAUUGGCUUGUGGCCUUCACACUGGUGUCAUUGGUAAGGCUUUACUGGCUGGAGCUGGCCAGAGACUUGCUCGCCGGUGAAAAACCUUUUUUCGUCGUAUUCUUAUUAUUAUUUAUUAUUGUCCCUUGACAGAAAAAGAGAAACAUAUAGAUACAUAUAACUAAGGGAAAUGUAUUCUUUUUGCAACUCAGAUGAGAAGGGCAUGUGGUUUUGAUGGUGAACCAUGUAGAGUAGUAUAGCUUUAAGCUAUGGAGUCUUAAAUUGUUCGAGUCUUAUAUUGUUACAGAAGAGAGUUGAGAUAUGUAUUUUAUAAGUUAUAUGAAUCUACAUAGCUCCUAAA